AGAAAAUCAAACAAUUUUUUUUUUUGGAGUGGACAAUGCAGUCCAAAUUCCCCCCUUAGAGUUUCCCGUUACACGGGAAGGAGCACACUAUGAUCUCGACCACCAUUAAUUGAUUCUGUAUAAUAUAGCAAAUAGCAACGAUAUCAUUGCUACUAGUCGUUGAUUGAAAGUUCAUUCUUAGACAUAUAAGGUAAUUCUUGUAGUCCUUUACACAUGUAUGAGUAUGACCACCGAUGCGUAAAUUGUAGCUCAAUUUUUGGAAGUGUAAAGGGAUACCAAAUAGUUCUCCCCUUCAUGUAGAAAAUUACCAAUUGAUGAUGGGAAAAAAGCAAAAUACGAAGUUUGAAAGAUGCAUGUGUACCGCUCUAGAACCGAAAAUAAGGUGAGAGAAAGUAGAGAGAGGAUCGCUCUAACCUCUUUCAUAGACCUGACAAAUUACAACCAGAGCCGGACCCACCCGAAAAAUAAUUUUUUUAUGACCCGAAAUCUGAAUGACUUGAACCCGAUAACACAUGAUUUCUUGGGUCGGGUUGAGUGGGUUAGCGGGUCGACCCGUUAGACCCGUUCCAUUUCAUAUGUAACUCACAAAAUGAUAAAAUCCCUCAUAAAUUGGUGAGAUGUUUAAAAAAUAAUUCACAAGGAUUUGAAAGACAUGUUUGGAGUUUAAGGAUAAUCAAAUAUCAUGUGUUUCUUGUAGUAGUAUUACUCUUGUGAUUGUUUUUUGACGAUUUGUGCAAUUUGUAUUUCAUUUCAUUAGCAUGAGAGGAUUUGAGAAUAUGUUAAUUGACAUGUGUUAGGUAAACUAUUGCUAUGCAUAUGUGAAGAUUUGUGUUCUUUAAAAAAAAAUAUGAUGUAUGUUUGAUAAUGUUUCCGAGAGCGCUCAUAACCCGAAACGACCAGUAACCGGACCCAAAACCGAAUGGGUUGGGUCAAUAUUUAACCCGAAAUAAGCCAACCUAGCAUGACCCGACACGUAACCUGAAACUCCAACCCCAAAUUACCUAACCCGACCCGAUUGCCAGGUCUACUCUCUCAUCUUUUGAAAAAAUGACCGUUGUGAGUCCAGCCGCCACUGUGGGAGAAGACCACUGCAUGAAGCCGUCGGACGGGUCGCAAGUCGCCUCGUCGGUGCAACCAAGCAAGAAAUUCAAGGCGAGCACUAGUACGGGAUUUUUGGGCAGAUUGAGAUGGAUGUCGCUGUCGUCAUAGCUCGAGCGACGAAUGAAGAGAUGCAGAGUAUGGAAGAGCCCGAGGAGGGAAAUUUAGCAUCGCCAACAAAGGGGACACUGGAGGUAGGAGUAGGGAAAGCUAGCUACAGAGACCCAUUUAUAGGGAACAAUCCGCCACUGGAUAUCCCAGAAGGAGACGAUCUAAUGUCCGGCGAAUCAGACACAAAAAGGCUGAGGAUGAUCCCUAUUGUCCGACUAUCUGAUAAAAAAGAGAACUAAUGCAAAAAUCUGCAACAGAUGGAGACGUGCAAUUACUUUCAGAGUCCUCGAGUGCUCUUUCCCAUUCACCUUCAUUCAACGAAGGAUCUAGCGUAUGUGGGCAAAGACGGGAGGACUGAUAGUGGGUGAUAUUGGAAAUGGGUACUUCCAUGCUACCUUUGACUCACAGCUUGAUCACGAUCGAACACUCUAUGGCGGUCCACGGAAAAUUGAGGACCAUUACAUCGUCUCGGAGCCAUGGAGACUCAAUUUCGAUCUUGACUUUGAUAAUAUCAAUAGAUCAACUAUUUGGGUUUGUCUCCCUUGCCUUCCCCUUGCUUAUUUUGAUGAAGAUAUUCUCCUUGAUAUUGGUAACAAAAUUGCAAGGGCGGAAAAGAUCGAUUGAUAACCUUGCUGGUAAUUUGGAGGAAGAGGACGAAGAAUAUUGAACUUGGAAAACACUCUUGGAGGUGGAAAGGCCCCAACAGGAUUUAGCAUUUUCUGUGGCUUGUCCUUCACGGACGACUCUUUACUAACAAAGAACGUGCAAGAAGGAACAUCACAACCAACAACAACUGCAAUCAUUGUAGAGACAGUGAUGAAUCAAUUGAACACAUCAUGCGAACCUGUGACAAGGCAAAAAGAAUCUGGGAGAAAUUCUGUUGCAAGCUGUCCAUGACCAAUGCCAACAGCACCUUCAAGGAAUGGCUCCUCUUGAAUCUUCUCCACUAAGAAAAGUGGUCGAUUUCAGAGUCAUUUGCUGGAACCACUAGAAGCAGCGUAAUGAGGAAGUCAUGGAUGGACGAACUUACAAUGAGCCCAGUCUUCAUUGCAGAAUGGAUAAUUGGCUUUACAUAUUUAAGUAAGCUAAACAAAGGACUAGGGCAAUUGCUGCAAUUCAAGAAGGCACUACCAAAAUGAUCCUGUGUUUUGGAAACCACCUGAGGCUGGAUGGAUUCAGAUUCAAACCGAUUGAUCGGUCAUCUCACCAUCUGGAAUAGGUGCUACAGGAUGACUUCUGCGAGAUCACUUGGGGAUUGUAACCUUGGUAAUUUCUCAAUCAUAAGUGCUUAACUCAAGGGUGCAACUGAAGGUUUGCAUAUUGCUUGGGAAAGAGGUUAGAAAAAUUUCAACUUAACUUGGAUUCCACUGCUGCUAUCAACAUCGCCAUGAACUGUUUUGAUGAUGAUCAUCGUUAUGGAAUCCUUGCUAGGCAGUUUCAUGUCCUCCUUAGUAGCGAGUGGGAGGUUAGGAUUAACCAUGUGUAUAGGGAGGCUAAUUUUGCUGUCGAUUUCUUAGCCAAUAUGGGUCACUUUGUUGAUUUUGGCACACAUCGCUUCAAUGUGUGCGAUCCCGAACUUGGUCGAUGGAUGGUACACAAUGCAAUGGGCAUUGCUCAUGAUCGUUUGAUUCUUAUUAUGAAUUAGACGUUUGAUGGCAAUCUUUCAACAACAACACAAAAAGAUGCAUGUGUGUCUAUUUAUUUCAUAUAAAUUGGGUGUGGGCAACCGUUUCGAUUUACCGAAAUGAUAAUAAACCGAACCAAUAAUGUAUGAGAUGUUUCACGGAUAGUAAUUCGGAUGUCAAAUAGCUAGUGGUUGAAAAUUAGUACGAAAAUAUGUAGUCUUCUCCUCCUUGAUUUUACCAGGAAGUCUCGGGGUAAUACCACUCGGGUAGUGGUGGAUACCCCCAAUGGUUGGAGAAGCCAUGAGGAUCCAUAUGUUUCAGAUAUACACCAACAAAAACAAAACACUCAAGUUAAAAGAAAGGGUGGAAAAGAAAAGAAAAUUGCUAAAGUAACAAACCUAGGCCUUUCCUAAAAAUCCAGAAGUUCCCCAGCAACGGCGUCAAAAACUUGAUUCGCUACAACACACCUCCUAACAAAAGGUAAGUGGAAACAAUAAAAAGGACUAUAGUAUAGGGUCAUAAGUAAUAAAUAUUGAAUCCACGGAUCUCUAGAGUUACUAUUACUCAGCUUCAGUUUAUUAUCUAGCAAAUUAGAUGAAGGUUUAAUUAACUAAACUAAUCGACAAGCUAAAAUUGGUUAAACUACUAAUUACAGGUUGGGAACUCAUUUAGGUAUGAUUUCCCCUAGAUCCUCAAUUAGGUCCAAAUUGUAAUUCAUUUUAGUUGUUUUACUGAUGAUUAUAUUUUGGAAGAUCCAAUAAUAGUUUGGAAUCUCUUAAAUCGACUAAGCCUCUUAGGAAAAGUACCCGACAAGCGACUAACGUACAAUGCAAUAAAAUGCUAAGACAAUA